AACACAGCACGGAGUGACACCAUUCAUCGCUCUGCUCAGGGCUGAUUUAGGAACAGCAAUACAAACGCUUGAUAUUGGCUACAUUAGUAAUAGGGCAGAUAUUGGCAGUGGAAAUCAGACAAACCGGUUUCCUGUUAUUAUUUACACAAAACCAUGUCGCCCGAGAUCAUUUGGAAGUGUUUUCAGUUUGAGUCUGACCGCAAACGCUAUUAAACCGGAUUUGCUUUGUUCGUUUGACAGUCCUGCAGCACCACUUCAUAAGACAGGACCGCACGCCGGACUGCCCGCAGCACCUCGCAUGACUGAACGGCUAGAGGAGAUUAAUAAGGACCUCUACAGAGAAACCCAUCAUUCCUUUACAAGUUAAUAAGAACCUCUACAGAGAAACCCAUCAUUCCUUUCAAGUUAAUAAAAACCUCUACAGAGAAACCCACCAUUCCUUUCAAGUUAAUAAAAAUCUCUACAGAGAAACCCUAAGAAUGGGGUUUGGAAACUCGGGGGAGCCCCAGGUGGAGCAGAGUAAGCACGUGGAGUUCUGCUCUGGACCGUGCCACGCUGAACUGAUCCUCCAGACCCUGAACACCUACCGGCAAAGUGGACUCUUCACUGACGUGGUCCUCCUGGCCGGCAUGGAGGAGUUCCCCUGCCACCGGGCCACUCUGUCAGCCAACAGUGCUUACUUCCGAGCCAUGUUCCACGGCAGCUUGAAGGAGAGCAGGCAGGACUCGGUGAAGAUCCCGGGAAUCUCUCCCUGCACCAUGGAGACCCUGCUGAACUUCAUGUAUGAGGGCAAAGCGGACAUCCAGGAGGAGAGCGUGGAGAAGCUUUUCCAGGCGUCUGAUCUGCUUCAGGUCACCGUGCUCCGCGAUGCCUGCGUGGAGUUUCUGGAGAAGCGCGUUGAUCAUUCCAACUGCCUGGGCAUCCUGGGCUUCGCCAGGUCUUUCUUCAUCCAGUCCCUGAGCGAGCAGUGCCAGGCCCUCGUCUUCAGGGACUUUGCCGAGGUGAGCCAGCACGAAGAGUUCCUGCUGCUGUCCCAGGAGGAGCUGGCUGCCUUCCUGUCCAGCGAGCAGCUGGCGGUCGAGCGGGAGGAGAUCGUCCUGGAGGCCGUGCUGAAGUGGGUGCACCACGACGCCCCCUGCAGGCAGGGAGCUCUGAAGGAGCUGCUCGGGCUGGUCAGGCUCCCGCUGCUGGACCCUGUCUAUUUCUUUAAUAAGGUGGAAACAGACGACGUCAUCCAGGACUCCCGAGACUGUCGGCCGUUGCUUCUGGAAGCCAGGAAGUAUCAUGUGUUAGGGAACGAAGUGAGGUCUCCAAGAACACACCCAAGAAGUUUUACAGGGCUGUCUGAGAUUAUUGCAGUGAUUGGAGGUUGUGAUAAAAAGGGCUUCACACAGCUCUCAUUUACUGAGAAGUACAACCCUGAAACUACAGAGUGGGUCUCCGCUGCCAGCAUCCCCGGCUACUCCAAGUCAGAGUUUGCUGCUUGCACUCUUCAGAAUGACAUUUACAUCUCAGGUGGCCACUACAACAGCAGUGACGUGUGGAGGUACAUCUCUCAGCUGGACGCCUGGGUUAGAGUUGCCUCCCUAAUUAAAGGCAGAUGGAGGCACAAGAUGGCUACACUCCAGGGCAGGCUGUAUGCUGUCGGUGGGUUUGACGGCCUGGACCGAAUGGGCAGUGUUGAGCGCUACAGCUCCUUCUCCAAUGAGUGGCUGCCCGUCGCACCUCUUUUGGAGGCGGUGAGCUCAGCUGCGCUUGUGUCCUGUGGAGAGAUGCUGUACCUGAUCGGAGGAGCAGUGAAUGACUUCUCCAACACCAACAAGGUGCAGUGCUAUGAUCCCGUGGAAAACCAAUGGGCUUAUGUGAGCCCUGCUCCUUUUACUCUACGCUGCAUAAAUGCGGUUUCCUUUAAUGGCACCAUAUACGUGAUGGGUGGACUCGUGGAUAAGAUCUACAGUUACAGCCCGAAGAUGGACGUAUGGAGUGAAGUUGCAACGUUGCCUGGAUCGGUGGAGAGCUGUGGUGUGACGGUGUGCAAUGCCAGGAUUUACAUCCUUGGAGGGAGAGACAAAAGCGGCAUUGGCAUCGACCGGGUCCACAGCCUUGACCCUUCCACGGGAGAGCUCACCGAAGAGCCACCGAUGUCACGCUGUGUGAGUUACCACGGCUGUGUCACCAUCACCCAGCACGUCAAGAGGUGAACUCCUCCUUACUACAGAGACACUUACAUAUGCACCCGCCCCAUCUGUGAACGCUACACUUACAUAUACACCCGUCCCAUCUGUGAACGCUACACUUACAUGGAAAUGGUAUUUGUGUUUUUUUUGUUGUGUUUGCUGCUCUAGUUCUCAAGACAGUUAACCCUGCUGUAUUACAGACUUCCCUCUGUGAAGGGGAUAUAGUGCAGGCACACUUCACACAUUUUUUCCAUAUACCUGGUGAAGCCCUUUUCCAAUUGUCACGCACUUAGUAGUAACAUUUUUAUCAGAUUUUGUGUCUGUUUGUAUAUCAAUGUAUCUGUAUAUCACACUUCCGGUUUUGCAUGCAUCUGUAGAACCGGUUAUCCAGUUGUCAUGAAACUUGGUAUGAACAUUAUUUUGUUUCAGUUAUUGAGAAUAUCUGAUUCUGGAGCUAUAGAGGGGUGUCCAUCUGUACGUCUCCCAUUUAUUUCUUGGCACAUGUUCAUAAGGAUGUUUUGAUAAUGGAAGUAAAGUGGUUUUAAAUCACUUGGCAAAGAUUACAAUUACUGUGUCAUUUUCUAUAGAGUCAGAACCUGAAACUACCUUAAAAAUAGUGUGUUCUGCUGCAUUCCCAGAACACAGAGAUUAUAGGAAGGGCUUCUGUUUUUCGGGUUUUAUUAAUUGUAUUUUCCAGUGCUUAUUGUUAGCUAUUUUCGAGUUAUAUGUAAAUCGUUUUUUUUCGGGGCUUUCGUUUUUGAUAUACUGUGAAAUGAAAUUAGUGUUUUCGGUUACUUUCCAAAAUAUGUAUAAUAACUCGACAGUACUUGCACACUUAAGUUGUACCUUCUUUCCUUUGCUGUCUUCCACAGUGAAAUCCCUAUGGUCACAGGCACAUUCUUCCAGGGUUUUUGUGUGUAGGCAUUUUUGUACAUUUCACCACAAUUCUGUUUUAAAUCCUCCGUAUUUUAACUGUAAUGCAGCUUUAAAUCCCGCUAACAAGCCUAAAUCCUGAUUUGUAACUUCGUUUUAAAUCUUGCAAGCAGAGUCUCCAAUAGAAAUGUAGGAAUGUGCUGUCACUCAGUAGUUGGGGUGGGCUUAAAGUAUUCAGAACAAAUCAAUGAUAGAUACAAGUCAGGAAGGCAGGACAUUGUCCAGCAGCACUGGGAAAUGUAUUUAUUAUUAUUUUUGUAGCAGGUUUUAUUUUUUAAUGGGAAAAGGGUAAAGUCAAUGUGAAUAGAUGAACCAUUUCCACAGUUUUUCCAGUGUUUUCCGAUGUUUAUUGGCUAUCCACUGAUUUAAUAUUUUUUUGUACCGGGGGGGGGUUUUAUCAGUUAAAACCGAAAAUCAGAAGCCCUAAUUAUAGUUAACGUAUUUGCAUUUAUUUUAUUCCUGCCUUAAAGUGCCACAGGUUGUACUGUAUGCUUGUGAAUGUUAUGAUAGCUUAGUUAGUCCUUCAGGACUUCUUUCUUGGGGUUGACUGCUGACAUUGAAACGCUUGUCAUUGAUUUUAUUCAGUUCCCUUUCGUAUUUUGAAAGGUUGAUUGCUCAUGCACUGUUGUAGGACUGUGGAAACACGCUGUAUAGAAGUGGUCUGUCCGUGUACAUACCAGUAUCAAUACAGGUGUUUAUUUCAGCAGCUCUCAAGACUGUGUGGGAGUUGACAGAUUGUUUAGUGAGCCACACUUUCUGGAAUUCAUUUUUCCAUGUAUUCUUUGCGGUCUAUUCUGUGAAACUCGUUUAAUUGUUUCUGGAGACAAGGAAGCAGCCAGCAUGCAUCAGGAAGCAUUGUUUCUGAAACAUGUUUGCGUGUAUGCUGGGUUUAAAUACUUCUGCAAUGUGUUUCAAGGGUUUAUUGUUUCCGUGCUUUGUCUCAUAUUAUAUAGGAAUGUUAUUGCGUGUAUUUGUUUUAAUUGUGUGUCUUUGUUCCAUUUUAUACUAAUUCUCACUUGUAUUUAAGGAUUGCAUACAUUUACUGUGAAUUCCGUGGGAUUUGAAUUAUUGUUUAGCCGUUAGACGUGUUAAAUGGAAUUCCUGCUAAUGAGAUUUCACAUACCGUACCUCAGAGCAGUGCAGCUGAAGUGGGCAAGGAGCCGUACCUGAAGAAACUGGAAAUCCUGGCAAUGUGAAAACAAAACAGCCUGUAAUGUGAAAAACGAAACAGUUUGAGAGAAACUUUUCAACGUGAAGCAGCAUUACACUCUCUCUUUCUAUGCUUCAUGCGCACUUUGCUUUUAAUUGUACAAAUGCUUACACUUCAGGAAUUCCGUUAUGAUUUUGUUUCGUGGAAUAGGACUGCUAAUAAAAGUCCCUUUUCAGCGGAUUGAACUUCUUGGUUGUAUCAAGUUAAACCAAGCUCAAAGCGCUUGUUUUUCCUUGAGGUAAAACUAUAAAUGAUAGAAAUGCAAAAUGAUAUAACACUGAUGCAGGCAUGCCCUGUGAUUUCUUGAAAGGUGAAAAAAGCAUUGUCUCUUAUUUUUUUUUCUUUUAAAGGGACAGAACAAUAUGUUAUGUAUGUACGCCGUAGUAGAAAGCGUAGCAUACGUUAUUGCCAGCCUUGUCUCAAGGGUGAUUAAAACAUACUGGGGUUUGCUGCUGGGUUUUAAGGGCAAUUCAGUUAUUUCCUUUAGAUUACAUUAUGUUGUUAUUUAACAUGUUAAUCAUACCCUGUCUUAAAUAAAUUUAGCAACUGUGGGGUAAUAAAAUGUUAAUAUAAUGUACUCCUAAGUACCAAUAAAAACGAUUUUCUAAAACAAAA